UGGUGGAAGAAAAUGUGUUCACGAGCCGCCACUUUUCUUUGUUUACACAGUAUUUUGGACAGCUCUCCUUGACAUUCACAUUUUGUGUUACUUGAAAAGAAUUCACUCACAUCUUGUUGUUAAAAAAAAAUAGUAGAGUACAAUUAAUUCUCUCAUUCUUCUCCCAUGAGAAGUUGUAAAGUUGUUGUUGGUUUUUUCAUCCCUUGUUUCUGUAUCAUCUAUUUAUCAGGUGCUUUCUCCCCACAAGAUAACUACUUGAUAAACUGUGGUUCAAAUACAGAUGUCUUAGUUGAUAACAGACUCUUCCUUGGUGACUCUAAUUCAGUUUAUACCUCUCAAGGUAAGUCUAUUGUCUUUGAAGAAAAUACAAACCCAUCUUCCAAUUUAUCUUUCCUUUAUUCUAGUGCUAGGGUUUUCAAUGAUGCUUCAAAGUAUGUGUUCAAUAUCAACAAGAUUGGGACCCAUUUCUUGCGACUUCAUUUCUCUCCCUUCACUUCUCACAAUUAUGAUUUCAGAAAAGCAAUUUUCAGUUUUUCUGCAAAUGGGGUUUUGCUUUUUAGUGUUAAUACUACUAUUACUAAUAGUGUGGUUAGAGAGUUCAUAUUGAUGGUGGAUAAGUUUGAACUUGAAAUUAACUUCACACCUAAUCCUUAUGAAUCCAGUUUUGCUUUUGUAAAUGCAAUUGAAGUGUUUUCAGCUCCGGAUGAUUUCAUAAUUGGUGAUGGGGCUAAAUCAGUUGGUCCCAAAGGAAUUCGGGAGUUUAAUCAGAAUAUGACGUUACAAACAUUAGAGACUGUUCAUAGGAUUAAUGUUGGAGGGUUAAAGUUAACUCCUUUUAAUGAUACUCUCUGGAGAAGUUGGAUUCCAGAUGAAGAUUUCCUCAUUUUGAAAUAUGCUGCUAAAAUUGCAAGAACUUCUCAUGUUCCCAAGUAUCAAAAGGGUGGUGCUACAAGGGAAAUUGCUCCUGAUAGUGUCUAUAUGACAGCACAGCAGAUGAAUACGGAUAAUGUAACUACAGAUUUCAAAUUUAAUAUCACAUGGAACUUUCCUGUCGCUAUUAAAGAUGUUUCCCACUUUGUUCGCUUGCAUUUCUGUGAUAUUGUUAGUUUGUCACCUGGACAGUUGUACUUUAAUGUAUAUCUCAAUGGCUUCACAGCAUACAAAGACCUUGAUUUAUCUUCGCUUACAUUCCGUGAGCUUGCUACACCAUAUUACAUAGAUUUUGUGGUAUACUCAGGUAGUUCAGGUGUUGUGCAAGUAAGCAUCGAUCCUUCUAACUUAAGUAGUUCAAUGAGGAAGAAUGCCAUUCUGAAUGGUGUUGAGAUUAUGAAAAUGGUUAAUUUUGUGGCUUCCCGGACAGGUUCUAACAAGAGAAAUGUUUGGGUUAUAGUGAGUUCUGUUCUUGGAAGUUUUGUUCUGCUGACUGUGGUGAUGAUUCUUGCUGCUUUGCUAUUCUUUGUCUGCAGAAAGAAAAAGCUAAAACCAAAGCCCUCAGAAAGUGCUGGAUGGACGCCUUUACGUCGAUAUGGAAGUAGUUCCCAUGGUACAUUGUCUGAUGGGACUUCGCCUGGACCAAAUGGAUAUCUACGCCAGAGGAUUCCCUUUGCCGAAAUACAAUUGGCUACUAAUAAUUUUGAUAAGAGUUUGCUAGUCGGUUCUGGUGGCUUUGGGAUGGUAUACAGAGGUAUUCUUGGAGACAACAGAAAGGUUGCUAUAAAGAGAGGUGUGCCAGGUUCCAGGCAGGGCCUACCUGAAUUUCAGACUGAAAUCACUGUUCUUUCCAAGAUUCGCCACCACCAUCUUGUUUCACUUGUAGGUUAUUGUGAAGAACAGUCUGAGAUGAUACUUGUUUACGAGUAUAUGGAGAAGGGACCUCUUAAGAGGCAUUUGUAUGGUCCAGGCAUAUCACCCUUAUCUUGGAAGAAAAGGCUUGAGAUAUGCAUAGGUGCAGCAAGAGGUCUCCACUACCUUCAUACAGGUUUCGCUCAAGGAAUCAUCCAUCGUGACAUCAAGUCAACUAACAUCCUCCUUGAUGAAAAUUGUGUUGCUAAGGUUGCUGAUUUCGGUCUCUCAAGGACAGGCCCUUGUCUUAAUGAGACCCAUGUCAGCACUGGUGUAAAAGGAAGUUUUGGCUACCUUGAUCCGGAAUAUUUUCGGAGGCAGCAGCUUACUGACAAGUCUGAUGUUUACUCGUUCGGAGUUGUUCUAUUUGAAGUCUUAUGUGCUAGACCAGCAAUUGAUCCUCUGCUUACACGAGAGCAAGUUAAUUUGGCUGAAUGGGCUAUGCAGUGGCAGAAGGAUGGACAACUAGACAAGAUUGUUGAUCCCCAUAUCAGAGGCCAGAUAAAGCUAAACUGUUUGAGGAAGUUCGGGGAGACUGCCGAGAAAUGUUUGGCUGAUUAUGGAAUUGAUAGGCCAACAAUGGGUGACGUAUUGUGGAACUUGGAAUAUGCAUUCCAGCUUCAAGAAUCUGGAACACUUGGAGAAGUGCCUGAGAUUUCCAAUGAGCUUCCAGUGCCAUUGCCAGAGGGUCUCCACAAUGAGGUGUAUAAUGGUGAUGGGGCUUCAGAUAUAUCAACAAGCAAGGUAUUUUCACAAUUGAUGACUAAUGAAGGAAGAUAACUAGUCUAUAGUAUAGUGCACCAUCAAAUCAUUGUUCAACAGUUUACAGGUAUCAAUAUUGAUUUUGGUUCACUUUAACAUUU